AUGCUUCUCAACCUGUCUCUAACAUGCCUUGCCACGGCAAGAAGAACCAGCAGGCCAAGGCAAGUGUGUGUGGCAAACUUUUUGUCAUGGGUGUUUUCGACGGCGCUCGGGUCUUUUUGGCUCUGGAUUCAGGGUAUAGAACUUUUCCUCCAGACUUCUUCCUCUGCUCUUUUGAGUGCAACGCGCUCUUGGGUGAGAGGGGAAGCGAGAGCAAGAUUUUCGUGGUCCACCAUGGAGGAUUUGAAUGCGCCAGUGCCGCGUGAGCGACCCGAGCGAUUGGACAAUCUGGUAGACCUGGUGGCUCAGAUGGAGCUGAUGCGACCUGAAGCUUUGCGCGUCACCUUGGCCGUCCAGGCACUCCAGGGCUGCGGGAGGGUCUUUCGACCACGGCUGCAGCAGGAUCCCUUUGAGAAGAGUUUUGUGAGUGAGAAAGUCUCCUGUUUUUGGUCUCACUCCUGGCAUGGUGGGCAGUACAAGAAGGUCGCGACGCUGCUGACACUCUACAAUGGCCUCCCGGCGAUUCUUUGUGGUCUCCUGGCUGCUCUGGUGAUGAUGGUGCUCUUCACCUUCGGAUCUCUUCCAGGAUUCCAGAGAGUUCCUGAUUCUCCGAGUGAUCAUUCGGCGUGGUCACUUGGCAUGGGCUUCUUAGUCACCGCAAUUGCCUUUGUUUUUUGGCGGCCGCAGCAGCAUGUUUUCCUGGACCGGAUUUGCAUCACCGAAAGUGAUCCGGAACUUAAGGCAGAGCAAAUCCUAAGCCUUGCUGGGAUGCUGAAGCGCUCCCGGGAGAUGUUGGUACUUUGGGACUCAAGUUGGAGUGAUCGCCUUUGGUGUUUGUUCGAACUGAGCGCCUUCCUAAAGAGCAAAGCUGAUAGUGAGCAUUCCCGGUUGCUGGUAACCCCAACCUUUAUGGGGCCGUGUGUCGUGGCGACCUUCAUAGGCAACCUCGUGGCCGUGGUCCCGAUGACGUUUUUUCCACUCAGUGUGUCCGAUGAUACUGCCGAUCUCAUUCCCAUGGUGUUUGUGUGCGUCUUUGGAGCUGUUGGUGCUUUAUGCUGUGCCCACGCCUUUCGGUCCUACUUUCAAUCCGUGGAUGACCUGAAGGAGAAGUUGCAGAGCGUCAGCUUGGAAAAGACCAGAAGUUUCUGCUGCGAAGUGAACCACGAGGGCGACCUCAUGUGUGAUCGUGAAAUCGUUCAGGACUGCAUCACCACUUGGUUCGGCAGCCAGGAGGCCUUCGAAGACUCCGUGCGGUCCGAGGUCCUUCAGACUCUCGUGUUUGAGCUGGAGUGGUCGGUCUUCACCCGACCAUGGCGGAUCGCAGUCAGCAUCCCCUUCUUGUGGGCUAGCAUGGACCUCGCAGCCAGCGAUGCCAAGACGCAGCAGUGGCUUGUUGCCAUCAACUGGCUUCUCAGUGGCCUGACGAUAUGGUUGUUGGCCUGUCCGCUCAAUAUCGAGAACCUGGCCAACCUCGCCCAUCGCUUCCGCGCGCGGCAGCCCACGGCUGGCCGUGAAGCACUGAUGGAUGUGCUGGUGCUCCUGCUGGCUUCUUGGACCAACGAGAUCGACCUGGCUGUAGGCAACCUUCUGGGGCUUGCUGGAGCUGGCAGUGUUGCUGAAGCGCACGAGGUGUUCUUCAUCGAAAGCACCGGAGCCAAGCAUGGGGCCCCCCCAAGCGUCUCGUGCCUUCUGAUCGUACCUCCGUACCUCCAUAUCGCGCAGGAUCCCGAUGCAUUGCCGGCGUUGAAGGCCUGUGAAAGCAGCCCGUUAGCCAACGUGCAGGGAUGCUUUGGAGGAUCUCCUUGCAGCACCUCCCGAAGAUGGCGCACUGAGUGCAAAAUGGAUGUGCAAAGUCCGAAGAAGGAGCGAAGGCGGCAGCGCCAGAUGCUACAGAUGCUUCACCGAAGCAUGGCGCAAGCUGGACUUGUGGCGGUCUCUGUCUCCGCUUCGGCUCUUCAAAGACGUAUGGAUUCCUUCGCAAAGUUGGACGAGGUGUCCAAAUUCAAGAGUCGAAAGGUUGGAGCUGCUUCACACUCAGGAUCCUCUCCUCUGGACGCUGUCAGGUUUCUCUUCGGCAUCUUCCGCUCUUACUUGGUCUAUUGCCUGGCACUGGUGUCCGUCUCCAUCCGCCAAUUGCAGGAGGUCGUUGGGGAGUCGCCCCUGAGACGUGCUCAACGGCUUGGAGAGACAGGUUUGGAUUUCGAUGAAGCGCCUUUGGCCCUGUUCUGGGCUGUGAAUGGUCUAAUCCUAUGCAGCUUGGCCUGCUUCAUUUUCCUUGGUGUGGGCUUCUUUGCCCAGGUCUUCUCCAUCGAGGAAGCAACGGGCAAUGAGGAGAUGAUGGCGUCGGAGACGACUCUCCUGAAGGUCCUGAGGUUGGCCUUUCGCAUCAUCUUGGUGGCCUUGGUGUCCUUUACCUCUGGUAUGGGGCUUCGAGUGAUCCACCCGAUCCAGUCUGCUAUGCUUUGUGGAAUAUGA